AUGCCUAAAUUCAAAUUCAUGUGUCAUACUCCAGGACCAAUCACAAAACGGAGAAGAAGAGUUGCAAAUAUUCUUACUGUUAUUUGCUCACCAGUAGGUAUGGUUGCUGUAAAUGCAACGAUUAAACAACGAUUACUUAAUAAUCUUUUAUGGCAUUUAGGUUUGGUUCCAGGUAUAGUUCAUGGAUUAUUGCUUAUUCGUGAUUUACCUGAAUUAACAGAAUCUGAAAUCUUAGAGGAAGAAUAUGAUGAAUUAGUUCAACAAUUAGAAGAAGCUGAAGAUGUUCAACAAGCUUUCAAAGAUUUACAAUCAAUAUAUACCGAUUAUGAUGAUGAAACACUUAUUUGA